AUGUUUGCGACCACCUCAAAGGGGACCGCUGCUGUCCCCUCACGCAAUGCCCUCCGUGCGCUUCGUCGGCUUGCCCUCACCGGCUCAGCAGUGGGCAGUGUGUGUGCCGUUUCAGCCAUCAACUACGACAUCUACCGCCGAAUCGGUGUGGCCGAACAGAUCAUCGAGAAUAAACGCCUUCUGCACUCCUCCGUCCCAAACUACGAUGCGACCGCCGCAGCACGACGACUGGCAGAGCUGAUGGGUUCUGCUGAGGCAGGCGAAUUCAUGGGCUUGGCUUCCUUGAAAGACAAGCCCAAGAAGAACCCCGAUCCACUGGUCGAGGGUGAAGCGUCUAUUUCGGACGCGGAUAUCCAGGCUUUGAUCCACGAAAAUGUCGAUGUCGAUGUCUCUUCCCCGGUGUCUACCCCCUUAGCAAGCAUCAAUUGGGCGAAGAAGACCGUUGCCAAAGCCCGCCGCGCCGGCCCUGAAGAUUCCGCACGGUCUCCCCUCGAGCAAACAAUUCGCGAUCUGAUUAAAGAUAAUCAAGAAAUUGAGGCUGCCUAUGAGUUCUUAAAGAAAGUCCCUGAGAAGGAACCCAUCUCCGACAAGGUGCGGGAGACAGCAUAUUUUUUAUUUGCUGCCAACUGUAUGAAGGGCAACAUCUUCAUAGCUCGAAGACUUUUUAACAGGAUUGCCACUGUGACCGAGGUGACAUCGGAAGUCUGGGCGACAAUGAUACAUUUGCUCGCGAAGGAAGGUCAUGUCGAGUCCGCCGCAUUUAUCUAUGACAAGUACAAAAAGGAUCUUACGGUCCCGCCCCAUUUGAUGGAAAUCGUGCUCCGGUGUCUCAUUGAAUCGAAGCGGUUGACUGCAGCGAAGUGGUUUUUCUUCCGCAGCAUCAGGCACGACCGUGACUGCGGGUUAUGCGGGGCGUAUCUUGACGGCCUGUGGAGGAAAACCAGGAGCCUGGAGUUGGUCACCAAUCAAUUCCGAGACUUGAUUCAGGUUCUGUCUGAAAUUGAGCGGAAGCCGACGGAAAAGCUGUUCAAUCCGGUCAUCAGAGCCUGCGUCGAAUGCGGAAGGCAGGAAGAUGUGGUUGCCUUGUUGAAAGAGAUGUCUGAGAAGCACGGGGUCCAGCCUGGGUGUCGAGCUUUGGGUCUACUCGCUUACAGCAAAGCUCUGGACUGCGAUUGGGAGGGCGUCAUGCUCUCCUUGCGUGAGAUGCACCAGCUGGGGUUUACCCAGGAUAAGAGAGAUUUCACGAUUGUAUUCGACCGCGUCUUUUUGGAAUACUGGCCGGCUCACACGGGGUCUCAAACCAUGGAGUUUCUCAUGACGGGCAUCGAGGAAUUUGGUCUCUCGCCGGACAAGGUCCUAUACCGCCACAUUCUCGAGGCGUUGCUUGAGAAAGGCACAGAAGACAUGAUCGUCGAGAUCAGUACCAUGGCCCGGGAGCGUGAGUGGAGGGCACAAAUCAAUGAAGAGGAAUUCAUGAACAUUGUGAGGGUGCGCCAAAACGCCAUGGAGGGCUCCCCGGUGGGAUUUUGGCGAAUGAUGCAGGCGGCAAAGGACCGACAUGGAAAGGCUGCCACUUCCCGUCGUAUCCUCGGGGUCGACUCGAUCUUGAGUUCUCAGGACCGCAACAAACUCAUGCCGAUCCAUACACGAGCCGAGACGAGCUAUGGAAGGACAAUGGAAGAGCUGGUAGCUGCUUCGAAGAGCAGCAAUCACUACGUGCCCCUGGAAACGAAAUUGGAACAUCACAUUCAUUCAGGCAAUUUCGGGUCCGUAUGGAAAGAUUUUCAAGAGGCUCACGACGAGGGAUUUACCAAAUUCGCCCCGAUUCAUACCAAGCUGGUCGCCGUUGCGUUGAUUCUCGACAAGGGCUCGGAGGGUCUCUUGGAGGCCCAAGAAUUUAUCAAAAAGGAACAAACAUAUCAUGGCAUGCGCCAUCACAACAAAGUCUUCACAUCAAUUUUCUUGCAACGAAUCUUGAAGGUCGACGCCGACCCGUUCCUCGAAGGAGUCCUGUUGAAGAUGGCUAUGUUUGAAUUCCUCCGACUGUGCUGCGACACUCCCAAACUACACCUCAAGUGUCACGUCGUGUCUGCCCUCUCCCAGCAACUGAUUGUAAACGGCAAGCCAGAACUCGCCAUCGAUGUGCUGACGGCGUACUACAUGUCCCAGUGGCGCCUUCAUCUCGGAUUUAACGGGGUGCUCCUCAAAAUGCUUGCGCGGGCCUACGCCGCCACUGGCAACCUCAAGGGUGUCUGGUGGUGCAUAAUGGCUGGGUUGUCCCGGCCCAGGGUGCAUCAAAACGCCGACUUUGUCGCCGAAUGUCGCCUCCUCCUGCCCUUAUUAGAAGACAAGCUCCCGGCUGACGAGAGCGCCGCCCCCGAGACCGCGUCUACACUACGCAAGCUCUCGGUGCUGCUGGACGUGCUGCAGAAAAAAGUGAAUAGAGAUCAGUACUGGUUGAGUUUCCAUGUCAAUCCACAAACGAAACGAAAGGGUCGCCUGCAGCCACACACAGCGGACAACUUCGAGAAGCUGGUGCGGGCCCCGAAUAUGUGUGUCGAACAGAUCAUUCAGGAAUUUGAUGAACAGAUCGAGCUGGAGGACGUGCUAGGACGGACGUUCAUGCCGCUCGAGAAGCUGGAGCGCGCGUGGCAAGAGUCCAAGACGACGAGUCCGCGAGUGAACUGGCUGCCAGAGAACCAGCAUUACGAGCGCAUUGACCUGGAGUCAACAGAGUCGGCCUCGGCUGAAUGUAUAUAA